AUGGAAUCGCGAACCUCGGAUGGUUAUGCCUGGACAUCCUCAGCUGGUCUACAGCACGGCGAAUUCGCUUGUGACGGUGUCAUCAACCCACCGCGAAACCUGAAGGCUCCCCCGGGACACGUCUACGAUAUCGUGAUAGUUGGUGGCGGCUAUGCUGGUCUCUCUGCCGCAAGAGAUCUUACCGUCGCAGGCCGAAGCGUCCUCCUUCUCGAGGGCCGCGACCGUGUCGGUGGCCGCACCUAUACGAUUCACGAAGAUGGAUACCGCUACGAAAUGGGCGGAACCUGGGUGUCUCAUGCUCAGCCCUUUACUUUCCGGGAGAUGCUGAGGUACGGAAUGGACCGUGAUCUGAUCAAAACCCGCACCGAGGGAGGAAAGAAUGACUACCACACAUUGAAGGUCCCGGAUUGUGAUGAACUGAACCUAUCCCAUGAGGAGGCGGGCAAACUUGCCCAGAAAGGCUGGGAUCUUCUCAUCAACGUUGAUGGAGAGGGUGGCCGCAAAAUCUGCCCUCUCCCGCAUGCGCAGCUUGACAACAUUGAGAUUGACCGCAAGGAGGUUGAAAGGUGGGACUCGUACUCGUGCUGGGAUCGCUACCUAGAAAUCAAGGACCAGCUGACCGCCCAGGAAGCCGGAGUCUUGAAAUCACUUCUGCUCCACAUCUCCGGGGGCGAGUACGAUCUCAAGAACUCUAGCUUAUGGGAUAUGAUUCGCAGUCAUGCACUGGGAGCCCACGACUUUGUCAACUUUGGCCCCGUUUGGCUGCUCUAUAAGCUGAGGGCCGGCCAGUCCAAGCUCGCCCGGAACAUGUUUGAUGAGGCCGUCGAUAACGGCCUCCAGUACGCAUUCAAUACCCACGUGGAGAAGAUCACCCAGCCCAACGGCCUGACCCAAGCCCUCGUGCGUGGUGGCCAGGGCUAUACUGCGAGGAAGCUCGUCUGCACUGUGCCUCUCAACGCUCUCCACUCCGUCCAGUUUGAUCCUCCCCUGUCGCCUCUUCGUCAGGAGGCUAUCCAGAUCCGCCAUGUGAACCGCAUGGCCAAGAUUCAUGCUGUUGUUGAUGGCCCUGGACUUGCUUCUUGGAACGGCUGCGUCUACCCCAGCCCAUUGAUGUACUGCUACGGUGACGGCGUGCUCCCCAACGGCGACACGCACCUUGUUGCCUUUGGUUGCGACGAGGAGAAGACAUUUGUGCCCGAACGCGAUCCUAAAAAGGUCGUUGACGCCUUCCAAAGAUUCCACCCCAUGGAUGUUAAGAAACUCGUUUUCCACAACUGGAACACUGAUCCGUACUCUCAAUCCGGCCCUUCGUUCUGGCCGCCUGGGUACAUGACCAAGUACCAAGAUGAGCUUCAGAAGCGGCAUGGGAACGUGUUUUUUGCGUCUGCUGAUUGGGCUCACGGAUGGCGCGCGUUUAUUGAUGGAGCUCUGGAGCAAGGAUUCCUCAACGGGAUGGAGAUUCUCAGAAUGCUUCGCCAGGAGAAACCUUCGGUGCCCAAAGAAGCAAAGCUUUAG